CCGCCGCCGCCGCGGGUCCUGCGCCGCGCGUCCAGCCCGCCCGCCCCGACCCGGCCCGACCCGGCCGGCCCCGCCCGACCCGGCCCCGGGGAGGGAUGCGGCGGCGGCGCGGCGCCCAGGAUGCCCCGCAGCCCCGGGACGCGCCUCAAACCCGCCAAGUACAUCCCGGUGGCCACGGCCGCCGCGCUGCUGGUCGGCUCCAGCACCCUGUUCUUCGUGUUCACGUGCCCAUGGCUGACCCGAGCUGUGUCCCCGGCCGUCCCCGUCUACAAUGGCAUCAUCUUCCUCUUUGUGCUGGCCAACUUCAGCAUGGCCACCUUCAUGGACCCUGGCGUCUUCCCCCGAGCGGAUGAGGACGAGGACAAGGAGGAUGAUUUCCGGGCCCCACUCUACAAGAACGUGGAUGUCCGUGGCAUCCAGGUCCGCCUCAAGUGGUGUGCCACGUGCCACUUCUACCGCCCUCCUCGCUGCUCCCACUGCAGCGUCUGUGACAACUGUGUGGAGGACUUUGAUCACCACUGCCCAUGGGUCAAUAACUGCAUCGGGCGGCGCAACUACCGCUACUUCUUCCUGUUCCUGCUGUCGCUGAGUGCACACAUGGUGGGCGUGGUGGCCUUCGGCCUUCUCUACGUGCUGAACCAUGCCGAGGGGCUGGGUGCCGCCCACACCACCAUCACCAUGGCGGUCAUGUGCGUGGCUGGCCUCUUCUUCAUCCCGGUCAUCGGCCUCACAGGCUUCCACGUGGUGCUGGUCACGCGGGGGCGCACCACCAACGAGCAGGUAACGGGCAAGUUCCGUGGAGGCGUGAACCCCUUCACUCGCGGCUGCUACGGGAACGUGGAACAUGUGCUGUGCAGCCCCCUGGCCCCGCGGUAUGUGGGUGAGCCACCACGGCUGCCGCUGUCCGUGAGCCUAAAGCCACCCUUCCUCCGGCCGGAACUCCUGGACCGAGCUGCACCACUCAAGGUCAAACUGAGCGACAAUGGGCUGAAAGCAGGCCUGGGCCAUAGCAAGUCCAAGGGCAGCCUGGACCGGCUGGACGAAAAGCCCCUGGACCUGGGGCCUCCACUGCCCCCUAAGAUAGAGAGCAGCGCAUUCAGUGGGGACUUGAAGACCCCGCGCCCGGCUAGUGCUGAGAGUGCUCUGUCGGCUCAGAGGACCAGCCCACCGACGCCUGCCAUGUACAAGUUUCGACCAGGCUUUCCCACGGGUCCCAAGGCCUCCUUCUGCGGGCCUGGUGAGCAGGUCACAGGCCCGGACUCCCUGACCCUGGGGGAUGACAGCCUGGACUUCGUGUCAGAGCCCAGUCUGGACCUGCCGGACUACGGACCGGGUGGCGGGGGCGGCUUGCACACAGCUUACCCACCGUCUCCGCCACUCAGCGCUACCGACGCCUUCUCGGGCGCGCUGCGCUCUCUGAGCCUCAAGGCGGGGAGCCGGAGGGGCGGGGACCAUGUGGCCCUGCAGCCCCUGCGCUCGGAAGGUGCCAACCCCGCCCCCCACCGAAGCCUCUUCGCUGCACACGCGCUGCCCAACCGCAACGGCAGCCUUUCCUACGACAGCCUGCUGAACCCAGGCUCGCCAGGUGGCCACGCGUGCCCAGCCCACCCGUCGGUGGGCGGCGGCGGUGGCAUGACCAGCUACCGCUCACCCUACCUGCACCCAGGGCCCCUGGGCGACCCCCCGCGGCCUCCGCCCCGCAGCUUCAGCCCAGUGCUGGGCCCGCGGCCGCCGCGGGAGCCAUCACCAGUGCGCUAUGACAACCUGUCGCGGACCAUCAUGGCCUCCAUCCAGGAGCGCAAGGACCGGGAGGAGCGGGAGCGGCUGCUGCGCUCUCAGGCCGACUCGCUCUUUGGCGGCGACUCCGGUGUCUACGACGCGCCCAGCUCCUACAGCCUGCAGCAGGCCAGCGUGCUGUCAGAGGGCGCCCGAGGUGCGGUGCUGCGCUACGGCUCCAGAGACGACCUCGUGGGGGCCGGGCCGGGCUUCGGCGGCGGCGGCGCGCGCAAUCCCGCCCUGCAGACGUCGCUGUCCUCGCUGUCCAGCGCCGUGAGCCGGGCACCGAGGACAUCCUCGUCUUCCCUGCAAGCUGACCAAGCCAACAGCAGCAGCAGCAGCAGCGGCCCUGGGCCCCGGCCGGGCAGUGGCUCACAUAGGUCGCCAGCCCGCCAGGUCCUGCCCUCCCCACCUGGCACCCCUCGCUCCCCUUCCUAUGCAGGCUCCAAAGCUGUCGCCUUCAUCCACCCGGACCCCCCGGAGCCGCCACCCUCGCUGGCUGUGCAGAGGGACCACCCUCAGUUGAAGACCCCCCCAAGUAAGCUUAAUGGGCAGUCCCCGGGCUUGGCCCGGCUGGGGCCCUCGUCCGUCAGCCCUGCCCGGCACACGCUGGUUAAGAAGGUGUCCGGCGUAGGGGGGACCACGUAUGAGAUCUCGGUGUGACGCCCAGCUGUGCCAUCCAUCCAUCCAUCCAUCCGCCGUGUUGCCGCGGGGGACCAGGACCCCGCAGUGGCCCUGACCCCAGCUCCGCCCUUGGGAGAGGAGGCCAUCCAGCUUGGGGUCAGCAGGAGGGAGGUCUGUGCCUCCAGACCCGGUCCCCUUCUGCUUGUCUGCCCACUCACCAACUCCCCCGUGGGAGGCUGGCUGGGGGCUGUCUGCCUGUGCGUCCUGACCCUUGGCCAGGCUCAGCCCCAACUUCCUGUCCCUCACUGGUCCUACCUGCUCCCUAGAGAGGCCGCCCCGGGGCCCACCCUAGACAGACAUGCCCCAGGCCCGCCCUCCUGGCUGCUGCUUCUAACGCGUUGCCUUUCCCGGACCCUGCUUGUGGCUUGGCCAGGCGGUUGCUUCUGCAGGAAGGUCCACCCCUAGAUCCAUGAAUCCGACAGACAGACCAGCUGUGGUGGGGCUCCCGGCUAUGUGUGUCCUGUCUUGCCCUGCCAGUGGGCCUGCGCCCCCCGUAUGCGUGCGUGUGCGUGCUGUGCCAUGUCCCAGCUCGGACUACCGCUGUCCCUUUCAUCAAAGCCUUAACCUCUUGCUUUAUGCUCUUGUGGGAGGUGACGGAGGCCUGGGGUAGGGUGCAGGCAGAAUGAAAGCCAGCUGGCACAGGGUGGUGCCACAACAGGGAUCCCCUCUCCCC